AGGUGUAAUUUAAGAUGGAGACCUCUUUAAUCUUUAUUAUAAUUUAAUCCAACUACUAUUUUUUUAGGGAAUAAUUUAAUAUAAUUAGUAACAUAAACCACUCUAGUUUAAUUAAUACCUUUAUAAGUUCCAUAAUAAGAGUCCACUAAAGAGCUAGUACAAAGUUGUAUAACAUAAUAAUAAUAACAAUGGUACUAACCACCACCGCCACCGCCACCGCCACCGCCGGCAACCUUACAACGGAAGCAAAUUCUGCCACAUACGACCGAAAAAUCGAGCUCAAAGCUUUAGACGAUGCCAAAACCGGCGUCAAAGGACUCGUCGACGCCGGCAUAGAAAACAUCCCACGAAUAUUCCUUCACCAAAACACCAAAGAUCCUACCUUUAUUCACCAUCAUCAACCCAUCUCCGGCGCCGGCGAAAGCAUCCCGAUAAUUGACCUCGAGGAAUCUUACGGCAGUAAAAGGGGCGACGUGGUUGACCAAGUUCGCCGUGGUUGUGAGGAGUGGGGAUUCUUUCAGGUGGUCAACCAUGGGAUACCGGUCAACGUUUUGGAGAGGAUGAUAGAAGGGGUGCGUGAGUUUCACGAGCUUGAUGGUGAGGUGAAGAAGGAAUGGUACUCGCGUGAUUACACGCGCAAGGUGUUGUAUAAUACCAAUUUUGACCUUUAUUCCGGUCCGGUUACUAACUGGAGAGAUACUUUGACUUUUGCUCCUCAUGUUGAUGAUGAUGAUUCUAAUGAUGAGUUUCCUCAGGUUUGCAGGGACAUAAUUAUUGAAUAUUCGAAGAAAGUAAAGAGAUUAGGGUUUAUUCUAUUUGAACUGAUAUCGGAAGCACUUGGACUAAGCACAAACCACCUUAUAGAGAUGGGUUGUGGGGAUGGACUCAUAUCAUUUGGGCAUUACUACCCACCAUGUCCACAACCAGAGUUGGUGUUAGGCACUACUGAACACACUGAUAGUAGCUUCUUCACUAUCCUCCUACAAGACCAACUUGGUGGUCUCCAAGUUCUUCAUCAAGAUCAUUGGUACAAUGUCACUCCUAUUCCUGGUGCCCUAGUCAUCAAUCUCGGAGACUUAAUGCAGCUGAUUUCCAAUGACAAGUUCAUAAGUGUGACUCAUAGAGUGGUGGCCAAAAAUGUUGGGCCAAGAAUAUCAAUAGCAAGUUUUUUCAGAACAUAUGGUCAACAAGAAAUGAGUUCUAGGGUUUAUGGACCUCUUAAAGAGUUGAUUUCAGAACAAAAUCCUCCACAUUACAAAGAAACAUCUGUUAAAGACUUUGUUACACAUUACUAUAUGAAAGGCCUCAAUGGAAUCUCUGCCUUAGAGCAUCUCAAGCUAUGAAGAAUAAUUUAAUUGGGUGGCUUAUAAUAUUAAUUUAGGUGUGUUUUAGUGUUGGUAUGUACUUAAUUAUGUGUACUUUGUUGUAGUUGAGGGAGAUACAAAUUUAUAAGGGUUAUUUACGGCGAAACUCUUUAUGUUAUGAUUUUAUAAUUCUCUUAUAUAUUUUUUAGUGACAAAACUCCUUUAAUAUUUACUUUUUUUUUUUUACAAAUGUAAAAUGUUAGUUGGAUAUCACUGUAAAAUAUUAAUUGGAUCAUUACUG